AUGGCCAAUAAGGCCUUGAUGAGGACUGCUGAGGAGCCUGGACAUACCGUUGCUGGGACAAUUUGUGACCUUCACACUCGAUUCAAUUUUCUAGAACCGCUGAAGUUGAAGAGGCAGGAUAACCGCGCGCUCCAGACGAGGGGUGCAUUUCCUGGCGGGAAAGGAAACAAGUUCCUGGGAGGAAAGAGUCUCAAAUCCACAACAAACGAACAUAAAAAGGGCACCAUAUCCGGAUGUGAACUAGAUCUUCAAGUUGAUUCUUCACAGCUCGUCCCUCCAUUACAAGGCUUAGUUCAUCACAUGCACACUUUGCCCUUGUGCAAAACAACACUCUUUGUUACACAAGCACUCCUCUUGUUCUAUUUUUUCCUUCCACAACUUGUUCGGCACCUCCUUGAGCUGCACCUGCAGAUAUCACGUUGA